GCGCCCCCGGCCAGGAUGCUGCGGUUCCUGCGCCGGACCUUUGGCCGCCGCUCCAUGCAGCGCUACGCGCGGGGCGCGGCGGGGCGCGGGGCCGCCGGGCUGGGGGACGAGCGCGACGGGGGGCCGCGAGGGGGCCCGGCCGCCGUCGCUGGCUCCUCGGUGCUGCCCGCCGCGCCCGGGGGCAGCGUGUUCCCGGCCGGCGGCGGGCCCCUGCUGACGGGCGGCGCGGCUGUGCACAUCUCUGCCUCCGGAGCUGCCAAGGCCACCCUCUACUGCCGAGUCUUUCUACUCGACGGAACCGAAGUGAGCGUGGACCUGCCGAAACAUGCCAAAGGCCAGGAUUUGUUCGACCAGAUUGUGUACCACUUGGACCUGGUGGAAACAGAUUAUUUUGGCCUGCAGUUCCUCGACUCCGCCCAGGUGACGCACUGGCUGGAUCAUUCGAAACCCAUAAAGAAGCAGAUGAAAGUUGGACCUGCCUAUGCUUUGCACUUUCGAGUCAAAUAUUAUUCUUCAGAACCAAAUAACCUUCGAGAGGAAUUUACAAGGUACCUGUUUGUUUUACAACUCAGGCAUGACAUUCUUUCUGGAAAACUGAAGUGCCCCUAUGAAACGGCUGUGGAACUAGCUGCUCUCUGUCUGCAAGCGGAGCUGGGGGAGUGUGAGCUCCCGGAACACACGCCAGAGCUUGUGUCUGAGUUUCGGUUCAUCCCAAAUCAGACAGAAGCCAUGGAAUUCGAUAUCUUCCAGAGAUGGAAAGAGUACAGGGGAAAGAGCCCUGCCCAGGCGGAACUCUCCUAUCUGAACAAAGCGAAGUGGCUGGAAAUGUACGGGGUGGACAUGCACGUUGUCAGGGGAAGAGAUGGCUGUGAAUAUUCUCUUGGACUGACCCCGACAGGCAUAUUAAUCUUUGAAGGAGCUAACAAAAUAGGCUUAUUCUUUUGGCCUAAGAUCACCAAAAUGGACUUUAAAAAGAGCAAGCUGACCCUUGUAGUGGUGGAGGAUGAUGACCAGGGGCGAGAGCAGGAGCACACCUUCGUGUUCAGGCUGGACAGCGCACGCACGUGCAAGCACCUGUGGAAGUGUGCUGUGGAGCACCACGCCUUCUUCCGCCUUCGCACACCCAGCAACAGCAAGUCCGCCAGGUCGGAUUUCAUCCGCCUGGGCUCCCGCUUCCGGUUCAGUGGGCGGACAGAAUAUCAAGCUACACAUGGCUCCAGACUGCGAAGAACCAGCACCUUUGAGAGGAAGCCUAGCAAACGUUACCCGUCCCGGAGACAUUCCACAUUCAAAGCAAGCAACCCAGUGAUUGCUGCUCAGCUCUGCUCUAAAACAAAUCCUGAAGUCCAUAAUUACCAGCCUCCGUACCAUCCCAACAUCCACCCCAGCCAGCCCAGGUGGCGCCCUCACUCUCCCAAUGUCAGCUACCCGCUCCCCUCCCCAGCACUCAGCCCCACAGAACGGCUGCCUUUUGGCCUAGAGGAGAACGGGGGCACACCUUUUGCCUCCAAAGCUUCCGGAAGACACCACCAUCAGCACCAGCACCACUCUAACUACGGCCUUUCACUGACCCUGGAGAAUAAGGAAGGGCCGUUGAGGUCCCCGAACUCCAGCAAGACCCUCACCAAACUGAGUCCAGGAGCACCUGCCCUGUACAGCGAAGCAGCCGCCCACCUGAAGAAGCUGGAGCUGGACACGGUGAAGGCUGCGGGACCCUGGCCUGCCCUGCACAUCAACAUAAACAAGGCCGAGGAAAAGAAAGUUCCUGAGAAGACCCUUCAGACCCCGCUGCUGCCUUCACCCGUGGCAGAUCACGUGAAGUGUAACAUUUUGAAAGCACAGCUGGAGAAUGCCUCUCGUGUGAAUGCCCAGGUUGGAAAAGAGGAGCCCCCAUUUGUAAAUAUCAAUAAGAAAUCGAGUCUCCAGGACACAAAUGUCAGGAGUCCCAUUCCUAUACGUGUGGAGACCGCCCAGCCAGCUGCGGAGAAGCCGGAAAUCAAGCCUCCCAGAGUGAGGAGGUUAACAAGGCAAUAUAGCUUUGAUGAAGAUGACCUCCCUCCAGACCUAGCUGAGGCAGUGGGAGCCACCACAGCCACAACCACAACCACCACGAUGUCUGCCACUCAAGUCUCAGUGCCACUGGCGUCCCCGAAAAUCCAGAAAGUCAGUUCACCUCAGAAGUCAGAAGUCAAGAGCCCACUGUCCCCAGGGACCAAGAGUCCCUCUGACCAUGGAGGCCCAUUUACCUUGGGGCCGGGCGACCUGCUGAUGGACUUCACAGAGGCCACUCCUCUGGCAGAGCCCGCCAGCAGCCCCCACUGUGCCCAUUCUCGCUGCUCUCCUCCACUCUCUCUCCCCAUGAAGGAAGAGACCACUGGAGUUUGCAUGUACCCUCCAAUCAAAACGAGGCUGAUAAAAACGUUCCCGGCAGAACCAAUGCUGAGCCCGUUUCCUGACCCCUUUACUACAGGGCCACAGUUCACUGCAGACUUCAGAGAGAACAAAUUACCAUGCUGUCCUGGCCAGUCUUCCCCGCUGAUUCCAACAGCGACCCUGCGGCCGCUGACUGAGACCGUGUCCACAGUACAGACCAUCUACACCUCCCGGAAGCCUGUGUCUCUGGCAGCCAGUGCAGAGACGCUCCGGCAGGAACUGGAAAGAGAGAAGAUGAUGAAAAGACUAUUGAUGACUGAACUGUGAAGCUCCGCCCUUGCUGCCUGGAGAUGGCAUGGUGCCUUCGUCCGCUUCCUUUCCUUGGGCUCGGUGUGCCUGCUGAGGCACAACAUACAGAUGUGUGCUCUGUUUGCCCAGGUCUCCAGGGGUAGCGGAAGCCAGCUUCCGGCUUGACUUCGUUGGGAAAGUUAUUUUACGUCUCCUGAGCAUGAGAGGUUUUUCUACUGCUCAAUGCAGUGGAGACAAGGUUUGGUAGGAAGUUUCUAGAAGAAAGGGGAUUCCUGUUCAGAGGUACCUGUGUGUAUCUGUAACCCCAGGGGCUGACGCAGCACAGAAUCCUCCGCUUACACUCUCAACUAUGUGACUUUUUUUAAUGAUUGAAACUUGCACCAAGCUUUGGCUGUUUGUUAAAAUGGGUCAUUUUUAUGAGAGAAUAUUCUUUACUGCUGUUUUUUUUUCCAUUUACACUGAUAAACACACAGAUCUUAUAAAGUUAUUUAUUUUUAUUCAGACAUUAAUAGAUGAAUGGAAAGAAAAAGUUACAUAUUAGAUGACUGAAAAAUACUUCAUCUUAACCUGAAAUACGAUUGAAUGUAUGAGCUUGUUGGAUACAAUAUAACCUGGGAUAAAUGGAAUUUAUCUUUGAGCCCCAUGUAGGAAAUUCUAACUUAACAUUGUCUAAAAAUCUUUACAAGGUCAAGAUGAUUCUGCAUCAGGAAGGUUCAUUUGGCUUUUCCACAAAGACAAAUUAUUUCUAAAUUCCAUCUAGCCAUGUUGAUAGAACCUGGCCCAGGAGAAACUUAAGCCCCCUUUUGUAUAGUUUCAAGAAAUGUGUUUUUAAAUUAAUUUUUAUGCACUUGAAUACACACAGCUAUCUCUCUCAAGUCCUUCCUGCUUUUCUGUUUUCAAAAAGCUGUGCUCAGCGCUCACAUUCCUUCGGCUGUAUUUCUCCAGCUGACACAGCUCCCUUCUCACAGAGAUAUUUUCACUAAUUCAAAUGUCUUUAUAUCCUCACGACGCAGUUAACCUCACUUCUCCCCCAUCAAUAGAUAUUUGGGUUAUAUGCAAAUUUUCACAUUUAUAAAUAGUGCUGCUAUGAAUGUCUUUGUAAAAAUAGAUAAAUAAAUAGAUAAAUAAAUAGAUAAAUAUAUAUAUAUAUAAAAAAUCCUUCUCUUGGGUUAUUCCCUUUGGAAUAUCCCCAAAGAGGGAUUUCAAGGUCAGAGAGCAUGAAGUAUUUUAUAGCUCUUGUUUUAUAUUGCCAGAUUGCUUUCUAGAAAGAUCCAAUCUUUGGAUUGGAAGGACCUUAAAGGUCAACUCAUUUAAACUUCCCCUCCUCUGAAUGCUUGAAUCCCCUCUACAGUUUAUAACGCCACCAGCAAUGUAUAAGUAUUUCUAUUUACCAAUAGCUCUGCCAGUACUGGGUUUUGCUCUUCUGAUUUAUUUUUUGCUAGUUUAAUA